AUGUCCGCAGAUACUACCACCAGAACCUAUGCACGCGCGAGAUCGCCAAAAACCCUUCGCCGUUCGCAAUCGCUCUUUGGUGCUAUCAAAACCCUCAUCUCUACCCCGCUUGCCUGGUUUCAGUCUCCGAGCGACUUUGAGGACAUUCCCGGGAAGAGGAGGCGCAACCCGCAGGUGCUAGAGCCGGAAAGAGAGGAGGGGCAGCGUAAGAGGCAACGUGUUCGCAGCCCCUCCCCCUCGACUGGGCCACCCCACCAGCGCCAGCUUCGGGCCCAGCACAGCCCCUCAACAGGCAGCACUAUACCCGGCUGCUAUCUCCCGCGAUGUAUCUAUGGAAUCUAUCUACGCGCCGCCGUCCUCGCGCGACGAGACGAUUUCACCUACUCCCAGUCGUUCGGUCCUACACCCGAGUACCACGCGCGCGAGGCGACAGAGCCCCCUCCUGUUUCAACGCUGAAGUCGAAUCCAGCGUUCGUCAAGCCGCCGCCGGCGUCCACACCACUUACUGCAGAGCGGACGAUGACCCUUGGAUCCAUUACGGAGUCUCAGCAGAGACUAAUGCCCGGAACAGAGCCGAUCCCCACUGGGACAACACAGCAUAUACAACCCAGUAAGAUCAAGGAUAAGAGAUGGUUCGACUUAACCGACAAGAAGGAGAAGAGCGUCGCUCCUGAGGAUGGUGCUGGAUUGAAGCCCUACGCCGGACGAGGGGGCGUCAAGAAGAUGCUUGCGAAGCGCCGGGCAGAGGAAGAGGAAGAGGUAGAGAAAGAGCACGAGAACGAAAUCGUGGACGACAGUAGGGAUCAAGAAGAAGGGGAAGAUGCAAUGGGGCUAGCAGAAUCAGCAGAGGAAAUCUCGCAGACCCCCCCGUUGGGCGACCCCGAGUUCGCCCCGGGCGCUCCUACGACUGGCCCUUCAUUGCUGCGCGUCGGGCGUACUGGAGCGCUGAAGCAUGCGCCGUCUGCUCUGCGUGCAAAGAAUACGUUUUCUGCGCUGUACGAUGACGAAGACGAGGAUAUGGAGAGCGAGACACAGGAGCCGCCAAAACCAGCGCCUAUGUACAAACCGCCCGCUGGCUUCAGCUUUGCUAAGGACACGUCGAUUACGUUCGACAAGGGUGGCAAAGAUGCCCCGAUUGCCUCGUUGCCGUUCUCGUUGAGCAGCACGAGCCGCGUAAGUUCUUCGGCACCGACCAACCAGGCAGCAGCCAACCGCACAUCUGACUCAUUUACAUCGGGAUUCAUGCGGACCGACUCCGGCGGGUCGUCCACAGUGAUCGCGACGGAUGCUGCUGGGUCAGAGCCGGAUGCAAGAGCGAUGGCCCCCUCGAAGCCCGUGAUGCAGACCGUGCCGCAGAUCUCGCUCACGCCCGCUACGCCUCUUCCUCAGGCUUCAUUCGCAAGUACUGCACCGAAGGCGUUGCCGAAGCUCUCUGAGCCUGGGGCGUCUGGGAGCGGACAAAGUACAGCAGGUGCUUCUGAGAAGAUCCCGGACUUCUUCUCCAAGUCCUCCAUCUUUUCCAAACCGACUGCGACUAUCGCACCGCCGCCGCCGUUAGUCUUUAACAAACCAGGGAUGCCCCCCUCGGCGACGAAUGAUGCUUCCAAUACAGCGGCCAAUGGUACGUCGGCGCCGCCUGUGUGGGGCGCUUCGACCGGGGACGCAAGCUCAAUGUCUGCGUCCGGUAUUCCCGCUCAAUCUGGAGCAACGGGAACGACUCCUGUGACCAUCCAAGCUGCGACCUCUCCGUUUGGCAAGCCUACAACGGCCACGCCAGAUACAGCAUCAUCAUUUGGUGCCCUGGACAAAGGCAAGGGCGUGGACAGGUCGGGAAUUGGUUCGUCAGGGUUUGCAGCACCUUCACAACCAGCGGAACCUUCAACUGCAGCUCCAUCUUCAUUCACACCCGCGGCUCCAGAGAAGCCAGCCGUUGCGCCUAGCGCCUCAUCAUUCUCUUUUGCUCCUGCGAAACCUGCAGAUGCGUCCGUGGCGGUCACCCCUUCUCCUUUUGGCUUUAGCGCGACUGCGAAGUCGGCGGACUCUUCUGUUGCACCCACUCCCGUGUCGUUCUCGUUUGCUACCCCUGCUAAGGCUGAGGCGUCCGCCGCCACUGGUGCCCCUAGCAUAGGUCUUGCACCGCCGGCGAAGGUCAAUGAACCAUCCAACAGUUCUCCGUUCGUGUUCGGUCCAUCGACCGCGAAGGCUCCUGAACAGCCCAAACCCUCACCUUUUGGAAACUUGACCGGCUUCGGGGCGCCUAGUGCUUCUAACUCCAGUGGUGGUGGCGAAGCUGCGAAGUCAAUGUUCGCAUUCGGCCCGACGUCGACGUCUCCCGCCCCAACUCCUAACGGCGCAUCUGUGGAGGCGGCCAAGCCCCUCUUUGGAACAGGCUCGUCUAGUCCAUUCGCUUUCGAACAAACCUCCAGCACUGCACCUAAAGAGGCUCCUGAUUCCUCGAAGCCUUCUUUCUCGUUCGCGUCCGCUUCACCGACGCCGCCUGGCACCGCCAAUGGGGCGUCAAUGUUCGGAUUUGGAUCAUCUGCCCAGUCUGCGACUAGCACAUCACCUUUCGGUGGUUCCGGUGCGAGCAACGGUCCGAAUGAUUCGAACAAGUUCAGCUUCGCUACUGCUACUCCCGCGAUGCCGAUAACGCCGCCAAAGAACGAUCAGGAGGUCAGCAUGGACGAGAGUCCCAUUCGGGGUAGUGGUAUGGAUACCAAUGGUAAUGGCAACGGCAAGGAGCCAUUGAAGGUUACGACUAGUUUCUCCUUUAGCCAGCCUACCGCGACCAGCUCUCCCUUCGGCCAGACUGCCCAGAGUGGCUCGACAUUCGCGUUCGGUCCAACUGCAUCUUCCAGUAAUCCAUUUGGCGCUAAGCCGGCAGAGAACAAAACGGAGGCGCCAAACACACCGACAAGCUUUGGUGGAUUUGGGACUUCCGCCUCAACAGGCCCGGGGUUCUCGUUCACACAGAAGGCACCGGAGGCUUCUCAGGCAUCUGCAUCGACAAAUCCAUUCGGAGCAACGGGCGGUUUCGGGCAGUCUGCCACGACUCCUUCGACAACGUCCACCUUUGCGUUCGGGCCAUCAGCGGCAUCAGGAAGUGGGUUUGGUCAGCCGAGUGCAAACUCGACGUCAAAUCCUGUAAGCCCCUUCACGUCGGCUCCAUCAUACGGCUUUAGCAAUACCCCCACUUCGACAACUGCACCUUCGAAUCCGUUCGGUUUCACAGGGAGUCAGCCUGCUUCGCCGGCUACUAGUAACGCUGGCCUGCCAUCUUCAUCGUCGAAUACGGGAGGUGCAUUUUCAUUCGCCUCGGCAAAUGCGACACCUGCUGCAUCGCCAGCUUCGCCUUUUGGUGCUUCAGCAGCAGCUCCCGCUACAAAUGGUACACCCGGGUUCACGAUGGGCUCUGCCCCGCCGCCAGCUAGUAGGCCGGUGAAGAAAUUGCCCAGCAGGCGCGGUGGAAAACGGUGACCCUCACCUUGUUAAAGCAUCCUGCUAGUUUUGCUCGCGAUUUCUCUAGUCCCUUUCCCGUCUCGCAGUCAAAAUCAAUAAGACUCCAUACACAUUUCCGGUCACGUCUCCACGUCAUGUCCGUCUUUUUCAUCAUGCAAUGGGACCGUCUAUAGUCGCUAGUUGCUCGCUCUGUCACACUCGCAUUUUACUGGCUGAAGGCCAGACUUCAUCUGCAGCAUUACUCAUAUCCCAUAGGGCUGAAGGCUCAUUAUAUAUAUUGUUAGUAGAUAGGUAGGUAGAUAGGUAGGUACAUUGUAGCUUGUCCAAACAUUCAAGUUCUCAAGGGUGAUAUAAUUCAUAUAUAAUGGCCUC